AUGCAGGUGACUAAUCGACACCAGUACGAUGCGUACUUCGCCACGGACGACCUUCCAGCGUGGUACGACAAGCUUGACAAGAAAGACAAAAAGCUGGGCCUCCUUCUUGUAUUCAUCAGCACCGACGAUGCCUGCCGCGCCGGCUGGAAGGUGCACCCCUUCGACGACAAGCAGAAGGUUGGCGCCGAGGCUCUCCAGCUAGCUAGCCCCCGCCAGCGAGAUGACGACGACAGCAGCGACGAGGAAUUCGGGGUGCCUGCCGAGAAGUAG